GGGAGAGGAGGGAGCGUGAGGACAGGUCGAGGAUGGAUGUCGACGUUAAGCCGUUCUACGGCCCUGCCCCCCCUCCCCCUCUCGGUCUAGCACUGACCAACGGCGGUCCCCCUCCCCCCUCACAGUCCCAGGUCCAACCCCAGGGUCCGCAGGGAGCUCAAGUCCAGGGAAACCCGAUGAAUGAUCGCGAGCGGGUUGAAGAUGAACGCGCCACAAUCCAGCGCGACCGCGAACGCGAACUCAUGGACCGCUCCCGCCCAGGAGCAGGCCACCCCGCCGGUCUACCAGAAGUUCACCGAGAGCCCGUAACGCCUCCCUCUGCCCGUCCCGGCCCUCCUGUCGGGCUUGGUCCCGGCCUGCCCAACGGUGGACUAGGAUCCGGACCUGUACCGCCAGCUAUGCCCCUCUCACGCGAAGUUGAGCCGUACGCCGCUCCCCUCCCUCUUCCUGCGCUCCCGGCGCUCCCGCCCAACCGUCCAAACCCGCUCAACCCCUCCCGUUCCGAUAGGCCAUCCCAGACCGGCACGCUCAUCAUCCAGCAAAAUCUUGUCCAUCCGGGUGAAGAACCCCGACCUGCCGAGAUGGUCGAUAUGGACCGCGUACCCCCCGAGUAUCGGACAGAGGGAGGGGACUGGUUCGCUAUCUACAACCCGCAUGUGCCGAGAGUGCUGGACGUCAAGUUAGUGCAUACCCUCUUGCAUGAGUCGGUCGUCUGCUGCGUCCGGUUCUCCUCGGACGGGACACGCCUCGCUACGGGAUGCAACCGUUCUGCUCAGAUAUACGACACCAAGACCGGGGUGAAGAUCAUGCAGCUUGUAGACGAGUCGAACAAGUCUGGCGGGGAUCUGUAUAUUCGUAGCGUGUGUUUCUCGCCUGAUGGGAAACUGCUCGCUACGGGCGCCGAGGACCGGCAGGUUCGCAUCUGGGACUUGGUAAGGAAGAACGUGCAGUACAUAUUCGAAGGCCACCAGCAGGAGAUCUAUUCCCUCUGUUUCUCCCCCGACGGAAGGUACAUCGUCUCCGGUUCAGGGGACAAGACAGCCUGCGUGUGGGAGCUUGGCGAAUCGCGCCUUCCCCCCCUUCCCGAAGGCCACGAGUCAGCCCCGAAGCCAGGGAUGUGCGCAGCUCGCAUGUUCAGCAUCACUGACCAAGCCCAACCUCCCAGUCCGGAUCCGGACGGCCGUACCCCCGCAACGCAACAAGAUGCGGGAGUGACGAGCGUCGCCGUCUCCGCCGACGGGCGGUUCGUAGCCUGCGGAAGCCUGGACUGUGUCGUGCGCAUCUGGGACGUGCAGAGUGGGCAGCUGAUCGAGCGUCUCCGCGGACAUAGGGACAGCGUUUAUUCCGUCGCCUUCUCCCCGGAUGGGAAGGCGCUCGUCAGUGGCAGCUUGGACAAGACGCUCAAGUGGUGGAGCCUUUCUGAUUUGAAGAGCCUCGAUUCGGAGGCUCAGCGCGCUAGGCGCGGCAGGAUCGUAGAGCGUAGGGAGUCGAUGACGCUCGGUGGGCACCGCGACUACGUACUCUCAGUAGCCAUGUCCCCCGACGGAAAAUGGAUCGUCUCCGGCUCCAAGGACCGCGGAGUUCAGUUCUGGAACCCGCACACCGCGACGACCCAGUUCGUCCUCCAGGGACACAAGAACUCAGUGAUAAGUAUCGACAUGUCUGGUGGGCAGGGUCCUCCUGGCUCUGGACUGCUGGCCACCGGGUCGGGGGAUUAUCAGGCUAGGAUCUGGAGUUAUGGUCCGUAUUACGGUCCGGGGUCGGAGGGGAGGAUCUGAGUGCCACGCCCCCCCGCGGGUAGACUGUGUAUGUGCAACACUGACAUAUGAGGUUGUAGAUGCUGUUCAAAAUGCCCGGAAUGGGCGAGCUUUGUUUUGAUUUUUCUGAGACUUUCG